UGUGUUUCCACACGCUCCAAUGUCGGAGAUAUCUUUUCCCUAUACUCCGUCAUGCAAUCGUGGCGGCGCAACUACUUUAUAUAAAGAAAACGAAAUUACGGUGUUCUUAAAAUACAUUUAAAAAACAUUCAAGAUUUUACCACAAAUAUCGGCAUUUGGCAUUAUUUCCCCGUAAGGAGGGUUAUUGAUUUUGUGGCCGUCUAAGCGCAUCCGCCCCUGUAUAAAUAGCAUCCACACUCAUUAGUGUUUACACCCUAAAAUAUAAAAGCCAGCAUCCUUGUACUCCCCUUGUUUCAACUCCCGGAAUCCAGCCUCCAACGCCAUGAGAGGUGAGAUAGAGAGUGUUUGGGUGUUUGCCCUUGCAUCCAAAUGGCGAACCUUUUCUCAAGAAAGCUUUGCAUGGUCGAUUUUCAUCAUUCUUCUUGCCUGGCUAAUCAUGACCCUUGUCUACUGGGCUUACCCCGGUGGCCCAGCCUGGGGCAAAUACAGGUUCGUGAACCGUUCCUCUCUUAUUGCUGCUAACAAGAGGAGAAUUCCAGGGCCUAGAGGUUUGCCACUAAUAGGCAGCAUGAAGCUGAUGGCCAGCUCCUUGGCUCACCACCGGAUUGCGGCCGCAGCAGAAGCAUGCAAAGCCAAGAGGCUAAUGGCCUUUAGCCUGGGUGACACUCGUGUUAUCGUCACGUGCAAUCCGGAUGUAGCGAGAGAGAUUCUCAACAGCUCUGUGUUUGCUGAUAGGCCGGUGAAAGAGUCGGCUUAUAGCUUGAUGUUCAACAGAGCAAUCGGGUUCGCACCUUACGGGGUUUACUGGCGAACCCUGAGGAGAAUCGCCGCUACGCACCUUUUCUGUCCUAAGCAAAUCAGAGGUGCCGAGGAACAGAGACGCCAGAUCGCCACUGAAAUGAUCACCUUAUUUGCUCUCCAUAACCAAAGCUUCCACGUCCGCCAACUGCUCAAACUAGCUUCUCUAAACAACAUGAUGGCUUCAAUAUUCGGACGAAAAUAUAACUUAAAUUCCACCAGCAAUGAAGUCGAACAACUUCGAGCUUUGGUUGAUGAAGGCUACGAUUUACUGGGCACAUUAAAUUGGUCCGACCAUCUUCCAUGGCUAGCCGAUUUCGACCCUCAAAAAAUCAGAGUUCGAUGCUCCAACCUUGUGCCCAAAGUUAACCGCUUUGUGUCCCGAAUUAUAUCCCAACACAGACACAACACAAACGGCGAAACACAAGAUUUCGUCGAUGUUUUACUUUCUCUUCAAGGUGCCGAUAAAUUAUCAGACUCCGACAUGAUCGCCGUUCUGUGGGAAAUGAUCUUCAGGGGAACUGAUACCGUUGCGGUCUUGAUGGAGUGGAUACUAGCAAGGCUUGUGCUUCACCCUGAUGUUCAACAAAGGGCCCAUGAUGAGCUUGACGAAAUUGUUGGCAGAUCAAGAAGCGUUGAUGAGUCUGAUGUAAUGAACAUGACAUACUUACUGGCUGUGAUCAAGGAGGUACUGAGGCUUCAUCCGCCGGGUCCACUUCUUUCUUGGGCUCGUCUAGCUAUCACUGAUACAACUAUUGAUGGCUAUGAUGUUCCCAAAGGGACCACCGCAAUGGUGAACAUGUGGGCCAUCACCAGGGACCCUCAAGAGUGGCCGGAUCCUUUGGAAUUUAUGCCCCAUAGAUUUGUGACUAAAGAGGGUGAAGUGGAGUUUUCUGUGCUCGGUUCGGAUCUUAGGCUGGCUCCAUUCGGGUCAGGCAGGCGGACAUGCCCGGGAAAGAACUUAGGUUUGACCACUGUCAGCUUCUGGGUUGCCACCCUUUUGCACGAGUUUGAAUGGCUACCGUCCGAUCAAAAUUCUGUUGACUUAUCCGAGAUUCUUAAACUAUCCUGUGAGAUGGCAAAUCCUUUGAGUGUUAAAGUUCGCCCCAGACGUACCUAUCAAGGACGUGACUCGGAGAUGCGUAGGUCGGUGAAGAAAGAGCGUUGUAACUAAUUAGCUGGUCAUAGUGUUUGUGGUGCUAGUAAAAGUCCUGCAAUCUAUUAUCCAUAAAAUGAACGUCUUGGGUUGUAAUGUGCGUUAUGGUCACGGAUCGUGUACAGAUUGUGACUUUCCUUUCCAUAUAUUCUAUUGACGCCCUUGUAGCAUCGAAACUAGUUUAUCUCAUCUUGAAAUUACUACAAUAUUUCUCUUCCAUCAAAUAAAUUGUCUCGACAUAUAAUUCUAUUA